AUGGAAGGAGCUCUACGUGGAUCCAAUGCUAUUGUAUCUAAUUGUCUUUUUAUCAUGUAUACGCUUAAUAAAAGUGCUAAUAACUUUUCGCGUCAUCUUGGAAACGGUUGGAAACAACGAUCUCUAGAUGAGCCCAGGGUCGUGGGAGGAAUCGCUAAUGUCAAUCGACUGACCAAUUCCUAAAAAGUUGAUGAUCAUGCCUCAUGAGGGUUUCGUUAUCUCUGUUAUAGUUUUAAUUAA